CUUGCGGCUGCGUCCCGGAUCACAGCAGCGUCCAGGGCCAAGCUGCUGAGGCUUCGCGGGGCCGCAGCCUCUGUCCCGGGGAGACACGGCCGGGAGCAGUGAGGAGGGCCAGCUUCCAAAUGAUGCUUGGAAAGUUUCCCCACUUGGUAACUAGACGUUUACUUUUAUGUAUUCGGGGCAGGAUAUUUCCACGUGCUCCAGCCUGCGGGAUGCAGCUACUUUCUGUGCAUCGAGCAGGCGCAGCUUGGGGCCGGGUAGGGGGGGGCCCGUAAGCUACGUACCCUUCCUCACAAACUUCAAAAAGUUGGGCCGGCUCCCUUUGCUCGGAACUCGGACUGUACGUGGGGAGCCAAAUGUGCUGGACCAGGUCGCUGCGGAGGCACCUGCUCGAACCCCAGGGCGUUGGUUGGGGUGAUAGAUUUGAGUUGUUUCCAGAUUUUCCUGUUACAAACAGUUCUGCAGUAGUCCUCAUGAUACUCAGCAUACUGUACUUCCUCCGUCUGAACACAUCCUCCUCCCCCAUUUUAACAUCUCUGAAACCAGGAGGCAUCUUACCAGGCAGAAGAUGCAUGCAACUCACAAAGAGGGACGUCAAGGCAGCGUCUACGCUUGUAUGUGCAUAUGGAACUGGGAGACAGCCGCAUCCAAGAGCAUUGAUCAUACUUAUUCCCACAUUGAUGCCAAAUCUUUGUUUUUGGAUCUUUUGCAGUUUGAAAUAUAUUUUUGCAUGUUCUGGAGUUCUGACUGUGUGUUGGGUGCUUCUGGAUUCCUCUUCUGCCUUUUGCUCCUCUAGAAGAAUAUAGAGGCAUGCACUCAAACCUACUCAAAUGGCUGCCUCCCAGGGUGGCUGUACUUAAUCUAAGAGAGAAGUCAGUUUUUCAGAGUUAAAGUCACCUGAGCCUCUAGGAGCCCCCAACCUCUGGUGCCACAGGGACACGCCAAAGUUCCGAGGGCAGGAGAUUGUGCUCAGAGGAGACGACACACCUGUGAAGCCUUUCAAUAGAGGUUCUGGCGGUUUUUCUCACCAGAAGUGGACAAGCUCUGUUGGGUGGGCACCAUCAUGCUACAGCAGCUCCUGAUCACCCUGCCCACGGAGGCCAGCACCUGGGUGAAGCUGCGCCAUCCAAAGAAGACCAAGGAGGGGGCGCCCUUGUGGGAGGACGUGACUAAGAUGUUUGAAGGAGAAGCGCUGCUAUCUCAGGAUGCUGAUGAGACCCAGGAAGAAAGUUUGAAGGAUGAAGUCAUGUCUAGGUCCCGAGCAGCAGAAUCCCAGGAACUGUUGACCUUUAAGGACAUAUCCGUGGACUUCACCCAGGAGGAAUGGGGACAACUGCCCCUUGCUCACCGGAAUCUGUACCGGGAGGUGAUGCUGGAGAACUAUGGGAACUUGGUCUCAGUGGCAGGAUAUCAACUUUCCAAACCUAGUGUGAUAUCCCAGUUGGAGAAAGGACAAGAACCAUGGAUGACAGAGAAAGAAGUCCCAGAAGAUCCCAGUUCCGGUGAGACUCAGACAGACUUGAGGACUAAAACAGAAACUGAUGCAUCAACUGCAAAGAACAUUUUACAGGAACAGUUUUAUCAUGGCAUUAUGAUGGAAGGGUUCCUGAGAGAUGAUGGCAUUUAUUCCACACUGAGAAAAGUCUCUAAAUAUGAUAGUGACUUAGAAAGGCACCAGGAAGCCCAUGGGAGAGAUGUAAGACAAGCCAUCCUGACCCACAAGAAGAGUGGCCAAGAAACUAACAAAUUUGGGGAAAAUAUUGUUAGUUCAAACGUUAUUAUAGAGCAGAGGCACCGUAAAUGUGAUACACCUAGAAAGAGGAACAAAUACAAGUUAGACCUGAUCAAUCAUCCAAGUUACAUAAGAACAAAAACCUAUGAAUGUAACAUAUGUGAAAAAAACUUCAAACAACCCAUUCAUCUCACUGAACACAUGAGAAUUCAUACUGGUGAAAAGCCUUUCAGGUGUAAGGAGUGUGGAAGGGCCUUCAGUCAAAGUGCAUCCCUGACUACGCACCAGAGGAUCCAUACUGGCGAGAAACCCUUUGAAUGUGAAGAAUGUGGCAAAGCCUUCCGACAUCGCUCAUCUCUUAAUCAGCAUCACAGAACUCACACUGGAGAGAAACCCUACGUGUGUGAUAAAUGUCAGAAAGCUUUCAGCCAGAACAUCAGCUUGAUCCAGCAUCUGAGAACUCAUUCUGGAGAGAAACCUUUUACGUGCAAUGAGUGUGGGAAAACCUUCCGGCAGGUCAGGCACCUUAGUGAACACAUAAGAAUUCACACUGGGGAGAAGCCCUACGCGUGCACCGCGUGUUGUAAAACCUUUAGUCAUAGAGCGUAUCUAACACAUCACCAGAGAAUCCAUACUGGGGAGAGACCCUAUAAAUGCAAGGAAUGUGGAAAAGCCUUUAGGCAGAGGAUACACCUUAGCAACCAUAAAACUGUUCAUACAGGAGUGAAAGCAUAUGAAUGCAGCCGCUGUGGAAAAGCCUACCGGCAUGAUUCCUCCUUUAAGAAACAUCAGAGACACCACACUGGAGAAAAACCUUAUGAAUGUAAUGAGUGUGGAAAAGCCUUCAGCUACAACUCAUCACUUAGCCGACACCAUGAGAUACACAGGAGGAAUGCCUUUCGAAAUAACGUGUGAGAGUCGAUUACUCAACAUGAGAACAAAAGCCAGCUCUAAAUCAAUGAUUCUGUGUUUUUAAAUUCCAGGAUUCUGAAUUUGAGUAAUUGGUAUCAUGAUGCCAGCUUUUAAUUUUGCCCAUUAUGUAAAUAAACAGUACACCAAUAACUACUAUCUACUAACACCUCCAGACAAAAUACUUAAUCAAGAAUAAAGGAUGGUCCUUCAAAUUAAAUUCAGCAUUAUGGAGAGUGCACACUUAAUUGUUAUCUUUCUGAUUUCAUGGUGGAUCAGUUGUUCUCCAUGGCCAUUCACUGAUUUAUAGACUAACAAUUGGGAUGAACUGUUGAAAAUGUCACCACCCCUAUUUUUUAAGUAAACUUUUAUUUUUUCAAUGGGGAAACUUAAAAAUGGGGUAAGGCUCAAAAGGCAUAGACAGUCAUAUAAGGGAAGUCCUUUUCCUACAUCCCCAAAUUUUUUAU